AUGUCGCAUGUCCCAGCCUGGAAGAGAAUUCAGAUCCGUCAGCAGCAGCAACAGCUCAGCACGGAUGAGGAGGAUGCCCUCAACGUAACCACGCACCUGGCAACCGGCCGGCCGCGCGGCCAGCACCGCGCCGCUGACCCCGCGCAACGUAUCCGCAAGCCUGCGAAGCGUGAAAAACUCCCCAGUUCUGAGCGCAAGCAGCGCACGGCUACAGUCCUGCGCGACCAGCUACGCUACCUGCUGGACUUCUAUUUAGAGAAAGUCCCCGACGAGCCCCUGCCUGCCGCGCUGCUGCAGCAGCCGGCGGUUGCUGCGUAUGUGGACGCUCGCCCGUCCGCCGAAGAAGCAGUCGUCGCUCCAUCGUGGAAGUUCAGCAAACAGAAGCAGAAUUGGCUGAUUAAGCAUCUGCAUGAUAUCGACGCUUUACCCUCCGCCUACGAUCCUCUGCUGCGGCUCUAUCUCCGCGGGCUUGGCGACCGCGCGCGGGCUGCAGUUAUCGCGCGGUGCACAGAUACGCUGCGUAGCUGGGAAGACUACACCGCGGCCGAGGAAGAGCACGCGCGUCGUGUUGUGGACGCAACCGCGCCAGCCGAUGGCGCGUCUGAACCCACCGCGGCGCCCACCCCCCCAUGUUCCGUUGCCGUGAAGGACCGCUGUGCAGGGCUGUUUGAGGCCCUUUCGGCACAGUCUUCCCCAUCCGCAGCCCCGGAUAAUAUCUAG